AAAUCUUUCGAGAUGACGAUCUUGGUGGUAUCCCUUUAGGUGCGGUAUUUUUCAGAGAUCUGUAUCAAUAUCGUUACCUUCUCAAGGAAAUAUUUUAACAACUUUUAUCCUUCACUUCUGUCGGAUCCGAAAACCGUUACUUGGGAUUACUAUACACCCGAUACCGCGACAAGUCAAGCUAGGAGAGCUACAAAACGAUCGAACGCGAAAGAGAAUAAAGUAUACAUCUACUUCGGAGAGAACUUUUCGCCCCGUCCGUCUUAAAAUUUCUCCCCCGACGCGACCCCCGCAGCACCGGGGAGGGCGCAAAGAGGGAGAGAGCACGGCCCUGAGGAACACCGCGCUCGAGACGUGCGUAACGAACAUAGACGUGUGUUCGCAGUGUGGUUGCGCACCCACUGUCACACGCGCCGCACAGCCGGGGGUAGAAUCUCUCUUUUCUUACGGGAGCAUAAGGAGAAGCGCAGAAGCGGGAGAGAGCUGUGCGGAGAGUGAGCGAGACGGCGGGACACACAGCUCGGCGGAAGGACAGAGCGAAAAGGGUGGGAGAAAGAGAAACAGAAAGAGUCCGCGAAAGGGCGAACGAGGUUGAGUGGGAGGCGAUCCCCGCGUAAUAACACACACACAUACACACGUACACACGUGUACGUGCACACACGAGCGACACAGCGAAGCGGAGAGCUCUCGGGGCGAGGAACCUUGCGCGAGAAGCCACCCCGAGGAGUUGCUCGAACCUUGCUGAGAGCGGCUGCCAGUCGGCGAGCGGGCGAGCGAGCAGGUGAUUCUCGCAGGACGACGGCAAUACAUCGUCGGGUACACGUCGUGAGGAAACAGGAAGAAGAAGAAGAAAAGAGAGAGAGAGAGAGAGAAAGGGAGGAAGAAGAAGCACAAAGUUCCCGGAUUUGGAGCGACAGAACAGGAGAGAGAGAGAAGGAGAGAGAGAGAGAGAGAGUGAGUGAAAAAGAGAGAGAGAUAGAGAAGGGAGCUUCGAAGCGGGUGAAGAGCUGCAGCAGCCGGUAUCUGCCUGCGUUCCACGCGAGACCACCAAGACAAGAGGAUGGUACGGAGGCUCUGCAACGGCGCGGUUGCACUUAGCAUCGCCCUGACGGCCUGCGCCGCUUUUCCGCGCGCCGUUAUGGCGAUCGACCUUAGCCGCUUUUACGGCCACUUCAACUCCAAACGCGCGGGAGAAGCUUGCCACCCGUACGAACCGUUCAAGUGCCCGGGCGACGGUGUCUGCAUCUCGAUACAGUAUCUAUGCGACGGCGCACCGGAUUGCCAGAAUGGAUACGACGAGGACUCUAGAUUGUGUACCGCAGCCAAACGACCACCCGUGGAAGAGACCGCGAGUUUUCUGCAAUCCCUUUUAGCCAGCCACGGUCCCAAUUACCUGGAAAAGCUAUUCGGAACUAAAGCACGCGACACGCUAAAACCGCUCGGUGGCAUAGACAAAGUAGCCAUCGCGUUGUCUGAGUCGCAGACGAUCGAGGACUUCGGCGCGGCGUUGCACCUGUUGCGCGGCGAUCUCGAGCACCUGCGCUCGGUCUUCAUGGCGGUGGAGAACGGCGACCUGGGUAUGCUGAAGUCAAUCGGCAUCAAGGAUUCCGAGCUGGGCGACGUCAAGUUCUUCCUCGAGAAGCUCGUGAAGACGGGCUUCCUCGAUUGAACGGGGACGCCCGCUGAAUCAUCGCCGCCGCUGCCGACGGCGACGACCCGUGUCGGCGGCGCAUCACCGUCGCACCAGACCUCUCGUUUGACGCAGCCUAAGUCGUCCUCUUCCUCGCAGGCUCCUCCUGCACUCUCUCUCUCCGCGCCGCGUGUCCUCGCGACGGUUCCACGCCGCCGUCGGCUUCUUCUUCUUACCGGCCGCGCGAUGUAGUCUCUCUCUCUCUCUCCACUUGUCCUUCUCCUACCCUUCCCGAGCCUCUUCUUGCUUCGCAACAAACGCUGCGAGCACCGAGAUAUACGUCGAGAUAUCCGCAGGAACGAACGCAAGCGAGUCGAUUCUCCAUCCGCGCGAGCGGAUCAAGUCGAGCGUUUCCGUCUCGCAUGUUUCGUAGUCGAUCACGUUCAGGUCAACUUCUCGAUGACGCUCUUUCCCCCGGACGACCCCGGGGGGCCCGGUUUCUUUUCUUUUGCACAGGGGAGGAGCGUGAUAUUCAGACGGACGAGUCCGCCCGAUCAAUAGCUAACACGCGUACUCCUCCGGGCGAAUAUUUAUUUCGCAUCUGUCGAUGGUUUACACGAUUCUGUUCGCGAAAAGAGGAUUCACGAUGAGCGCGAUAUACGGAAAGGGAGGAUUUUAAUUUUAAUUGAGGAGUCGCGCGGGAAAGAACAGUUUUCCAUUGGUGUGACUGAAUUUUCCGUUGUCUGGGGUGCCAUUCCGUCCGCCAACAACUGCCAGGGGAUGUGUCGUUGCGCAGGUGUAAUGUAUACAGCAGAAAAGCUGCGCAAGGACCUGUACAGACGCGAUAGUUGCCGCUGGACAUAUGCAGAAUAGCACCCCUGGGAGGCCGGACGACAACUCGGUUGCAGGAACGGAAAGAUUCCUGUAGGAAAUGUUCUGCUCGGUUAAAUUGUUCUCGGUUGUCUCAAUUUCGAGUUUUAACGCAGUUUAGAAUGUUCGCGCGAAAUGUUCGCGAUAACAGAGAUAUUACUUCCCUAUAUAAGCGCGUAAUAUUUUUUAAUAUUAAUAUUCUCUGGAAUAUUGAUAG